UAUGUGUUUUCAUAUCCUGUCUUUAUUAUAUUUAUUUUUCAUCAAUUGUUUAAUUGUAGUGGAACAACUAUUAAAAUCAGCAUCAAAUGUUAAAUAGAUGUCUACAGAUCCAAUAAAAAUGCCGUCAGCGACGAAAGAAAAGGACCCCACAAUCCUCAAAAUCGCAGUGGAAAUGUUGAAUGCUCCCGACAAGGUACCCCAGUUAAUAGAAUUUGAUCAAAGUCAACCUUUAUCAAGUAUUAUACAGUUACUAUGCAAGACUUGGGGUUUACCUGACGCUGAAAACUACGCCCUACAGUUCUCCGAAACUAAUAAUCAGAAUUAUAUUACAGAAAAAAAUCGGAAUGAAAUAAAAAAUGGCUCCGUCUUGCGAUUGGAACAAUCACCAUCUAAAACAGUACAAGACAUCUUAGCCAAAAUAAACUCUGGGGUCGAAGUUGACCAAAUUCUGUCUCUAACAAAACUGGCGACCUUGAGCAGUGAUCUAACAUUUGCUGUCGAGUUUAUUAACAAAAAGGGUUUAUCACUUAUUAUAAGCACAAUUGAAAAUGGAAGGUUCAAAGGGAAUGUUUUAAGAUUCGCUCUAACCGCUUUUGUGGAGCUCAUGGAUCAUGGUAUCAUUUCUUGGGACAUAUUAGAGACACCAUUUAUCAAUAGGGUUGCCAGUUAUAUCAACAAUCAGACAACUGCACCAGAACCUAAAGUAAUUCAGUCAUCUCUAUCUAUACUUGAGAAUAUUGUAGUUAACAGCUCUGGUAAGAAAUCACAUGUUGAAAAGGAGAUAACAAUUCCAAGUCUUGUCUCACAUUUGCAAAAUUCAAAUCAUGACAGUGUUAUCCAACAAAAUGCUAUUGCUUUAAUAAAUGCAAUAUUUUCAAAAGCAGAAUAUAGUAAAAAGAAAGCUAUUGCAGCAACUCUGGCUUCCAAACAUGUUCGCAAUAUUAUCUUCGAAAAUCUUAUAGGAGCUGGAGAAAUCACAAAGAGCUCAUUUAAAGAUGGUCUUGGAACAGAAUUGGCCCAUCAAUUGUAUGUCAUGCAAACAUUAAUGCUUGAUCUUCUGGAACCUAAAUUGCGACAGAGAGCGGACUAUCAUGAGCAAGAAUCUCAAGAAAAGAUAAAAGAAUUACGAAAGAUAGCUUUCGAAAGUGACAGCAAUUUUAAUAUGGAAGUAACAAUUAGACGCCAACCAGGAAGUCUAUCCAAAGACCCUAAAAAACUUGGUUUCAAGUGUGAAAUUGAUCCAAUAAAAGAUUUCAAUGAAGUACCACCAGGAGUUCUAGCCCUGGAUUGUAUGGUAUACUUUGCUAGAAAUUAUAGAGAAGAUUAUAUCAAAAUUGUACUGGAAAACAGUUGCAGAGCUGAUGAACAUGAAUGUCCUUUUGGAAAGACAAGUGUAGAACUUGUUAAAACACUCAGUGAUAUAUUACACAUAGGGGAACCAGCCAGCGAACAAGGACAGACAUAUCACCCUUUAUUCUUCACACAUGACCAUCCUUUUGAGGAAUUAUUCUGCACUUGUAUUGUGUUAUUGAAUAAGACUUGGAAGGAAAUGAAAGCAACCACUGAGGACUUUGUUAAAGUAUCAAGUGUUGUAAAAGAACAAAUUAGCAGAGCAUUGUCAGCAUCACCAAAAAGUUUUGACAAGUUCCGUCAAAAGAUCAAUCACCUGACAUAUCCUGAAAUACGACAAAUAUGGCAACAGGAACGUACCAACAGGGAGGUUUGGGAGUCUCAUGCGAGACCAAUAGUGGAACUGCAGGAGAAAAUAACACCCGAAAUAAUUGAACUGAUUGAACGUCAAAGGUUAGGAGUAUUGGUUGGUGGCACCAGGUUCAAGAAAUAUGCAUCACGACCACAGAGAACAAAGGAUAAAUUCUCCUUCUUCCGGCUCUCUCCCAACCAUAAAGUACUGCAUUAUGGAGAUUGUGAUGAAAAAAGCACACCAAGUUUAGAAGAGUUGAGUAACAAACUAACAGUGGCUGACAUCAAAUGUGUGGUUGUGGGAAAAGACUGCACCCACAUGAAGGAAUUAAAGGGAAGAAAAAUUACACCUCACUUGGCUUUCUCUCUUAUAUUGAAAUCUUCAGAGUUAACAUCGCUAGAUUUUGUGGCACCAGAUGAACAGAUCUUUGAUUACUGGACAGAUGGUAUCAAUGCAUUAUUGAAAGAAAAAAUGACAAGUAAAUCAUUUGAGUCUGAUUUAGAAACUUUAUUGUCUAUGGACAUAAAAGUAAGGUUGCUUGAUGCAGAAGGCAUAGACAUUCCACAGGACCCACCUCAAAUACCAGAGGAGCCAGAUGACUAUAAUUUUGUCUAUGAGAAUAAUUAAAACAUUUAUAUGUCAUGUGCAUAAUAAUUACAAAUCAGUUAUUAAUUCAUAAAUUGAUGAGCAUUUAUGAACUUUUUUUUAUGUUAUUAUAAGGUAUUAUUAAUACAGCACAAAUAUAUUAUUUUUAUCUAAAUUUAUUUACUUUGAUGUAUUAUAGAUUAUAAAUUGAAGUUUCACUAUAAAAUCUUAUUAAGAU